AUGGACUCCACCACGGCGACGGCCGAGCUCGGCUGGACGGUGCACCCGGUGUCAGGGUGGGAAGAGGUGAGCGGCUACGACGAGAACAUGAACACCAUCCGGACAUACCAAGUGUGCAACGUCUUCGAAUCCAGCCAGAACAACUGGCUACGGACCAAAUACAUCCGAAGGCGGGGCGCCCACCGGAUCCACGUGGAGAUGAAGUUCUCCGUCCGAGACUGCAGCAGCAUCCCCAACGUGCCAGGAUCUUGCAAGGAGACCUUCAACCUGUAUUAUUACGAGUCGGAAUUCGACGCCGCCACUAAGAGCUUCCCCACCUGGAUGGAAAACCCCUGGGCCAAGGUGGACACCAUCGCGGCCGACGAGAGCUUCUCGCAGGUGGACCUGGGCGGGCGGGUGAUGAAGAUCAACACCGAGGUCCGCAGCUUCGGGCCCGUCUCCAAAAACGGAUUUUAUUUGGCCUUCCAAGAUUACGGGGGUUGCAUGUCUCUCAUCGCCGUGCGCGUCUUUUACCGCAAGUGCCUGCGCAUUAUCCAGAACGGCGCCAUCUUCCAGGAGACGCUGUCCGGAGCGGAGAGUACGUCUCUGGUGGCGGCCAGGGGCACCUGCAUCCCCAACGCCGAAGAGGUGGACGUGCCGAUCAAACUGUACUGCAACGGGGACGGCGAGUGGCUGGUGCCCAUCGGGCGGUGCAUGUGCAGAUCCGGCUACGAGUCGGUGGAGAACGGCACCGUCUGCAGGGGCUGCCCUUCCGGGACGUUCAAAGCCAACCAGGGGGACGAGAGCUGCAUCCACUGUCCCAUCAACAGCCGGACCACGUCCGAAGGAGCCACCAACUGCGUCUGCCGGAACAGCUAUUACCGGGCCGAUUCCGACCCGCUGGAGAUGCCGUGCACCACCAUUCCUUCAGCCCCCCAGACCGUCAUUUCCAGCGUGAACGAAACCUCCCUGAUGCUGGAAUGGACCCCUCCUCGGGAUUCGGGGGGCCGCGAGGAUGUGGUCUACAACAUCAUCUGCAAGAGCUGCGGCUCGGGGCGCAGAGCCUGCACCCGCUGCGGGGACAACGUCCAGUUCACGCCGCGCCAGCUGGGCCUGACCGAGCCACGGGUGUACAUCAGCGAUCUCUUGGCGCACACGCAAUACACCUUCGAGGUCCAGGCGGUGAACGGGGUGACGGAUCAGAGCCCGUUCUCGCCGCAGUUUGCCUCCGUCAACAUCACCACCAACCAAGCGGCUCCUUCGUCGAUAUCCAUCAUGCAUCAAGUUAGCCGGAUGGUGGACAGCAUCACCCUCUCGUGGUCUCAACCGGACCAGCCCAAUGGGGUCAUCCUGGAUUAUGAGCUCCAGUACUAUGAGAAGGAUCUGAGCGAGUUUAAUGCCACGGCGGUCAAGAGCUUCACCAAUACGGUGACCGUCCCAAACCUCAAAGCCGGGACAAUUUACGUCUUCCAGGUGCGAGCCCGCACAGUGGCCGGUUACGGACGCUACAGCGGGAAAAUGUACUUCCAGACAAUGACGGAAGCCGAGUACCAAACCAGCAUUCAGGAGAAGCUGCCUUUGAUUAUCGGUUCCUCGGCGGCAGGACUGGUCUUCCUCAUCGCCCUGGUGGUCAUCAUCUUGGUUUGCAACAGAAGACGUGGAUUUGAGCGCAACGAUUCGGAAUACACCGACAAGCUGCAACACUACACCAGCGGCCACAGUAUGUAUGAAUUUGAGGAUGGGGCGAGGUUGGGGGGGCAGGAGGGAAGAGCAGCAUCAGUUACUCCGGGGAUGAAAAUCUACAUCGACCCCUUCACCUACGAGGACCCCAACGAGGCCGUCCGGGAGUUUGCCAAGGAGAUAGACAUCUCCUGCGUGAAAAUCGAACAGGUGAUCGGGGCAGGAGAAUUUGGCGAGGUCUGCAGCGGUCACCUGAAGCUGCCGGGCAAAAGGGAGAGCUUCGUAGCCAUCAAGACCCUAAAAUCGGGGUACACCGAGAAACAGCGGCGGGACUUCCUGAGCGAAGCCAGCAUUAUGGGUCAGUUUGACCACCCCAACGUGAUCCACCUGGAGGGGGUGGUGACAAAAAGCCCCCCGGUUAUGAUAGUCACCGAAUUCAUGGAGAACGGGUCGUUGGAUUCCUUCCUUCGGCAAAACGAUGGCCAGUUUACGGUCAUCCAGCUGGUGGGCAUGCUCCGGGGCAUCGCGGCUGGCAUGAAGUAUCUUGCUGACAUGAACUACGUCCACCGUGACUUGGCAGCCCGUAACAUUUUGGUCAACAGCAACCUGGUCUGCAAAGUUUCGGACUUUGGCCUCUCCCGAUUCUUGGAAGAUGACACCUCGGACCCCACUUACACCAGUGCUCUGGGCGGUAAGAUCCCAAUCCGUUGGACGGCGCCCGAAGCCAUCCAGUACCGAAAGUUCACUUCUGCCAGCGAUGUGUGGAGCUAUGGGAUCGUCAUGUGGGAAGUAACAUCCUAUGGGGAGAGACCUUAUUGGGAUAUGACCAACCAGGAUGUAAUCAAUGCCAUUGAGCAAGACUACCGAUUACCACCGCCCAUGGAUUGUCCCAGCGCUCUCCAUCAGCUCAUGCUGGACUGCUGGCAGAAGGACCGCAACCACCGGCCGAAGUUUGGACAGAUUGUCAACACCCUAGACAAGAUGAUCCGAAACCCCAACAGCCUGAAAGCCAUGGCACCCCUUUCCUCAGGGAUUAAUCUGCCCUUGCUGGACCGGACGAUUCCAGAUUACUCCAGCUUCAACACAGUGGACGAGUGGCUGGAGGCCAUUAAGAUGGGCCAGUACAAAGAGAAUUUUGACAGCAACGGCUUCUCCAGUUUCGACUUAGUUUCCCAGAUGACGAUGGAAGACAUCUUGCGAGUCGGAGUGACGCUGGCCGGUCACCAAAAAAAGAUCCUGAACAGCGUCCAGGUGAUGCGCACGCAGAUGAGCCAGAUCCAGUCCGUGGAAGUUUGA